AUGGCAUCGGCAUUUCACAGAUGCCAGCAUUGUGGCUACGAGACGGACCUCUCUAGCAAUCUGGCAGUGUUUGAGGACAAUCCACACUGCAGACAGUGCGGACUAUCAGCCUCUGAGAGCGACACGAAGAUGCAAGACGACUUGAUCAAUAUGAUGACACGCAACCUGCAACUCAGCCCGAUUCAACAUCAGCACGACAUGUCGAUGCCCCCGACCCCCCAAGUUGUCCCCCAACCGGCGCCGAUCACAUACAUCACUCAGCAUUAUCACCAUUCGGCCCAUCAAGUCCCCUCGCAUGAACUUCCGGUAUCGACCCUCCUCGAGAGAUCUGGGAUCAAUGCUUCGGCUUUGUUUCCGUCUCAGUUGCAGCUGUUCAAGAACGCCGAGCCAGAGCAAAGGUCUAGGUUGAUAGAGCUCUGGCAAAUAGCCCCCCCCACAUAUGGAAAUCAAAUACAUCCAAAAGACCUUGGAAAUUGGCCACAGACGAACAUGGAGAGAGAAGAGGAGGCCGCAAAGUAUAGGUUACAAAUGUUAGAACAAGAAAAAUUGAAGAACUUGUGCGCCUUGCCAGGCCACGAAAAUCGACACAAUGCGGAACCUUAUAUUCUGCAGGGCUAUGAUACGUUAUCUAACAUCAAUGGAGUGACGGCACCGAUGGAAUACGGUUCAACUCCCAUGGAAGAGACGGAAUACAAACAGUCAAAAGAUCCAGCAUACAACAGCCGUGAAUGGUGGCAUUUGUCAGAUGAUGAACCCAUGGAGCAUCAAUACGGUAUGCUUCAGCAGAUGUACGGGUACCAUCUUGAUUGCUCGGCGGAGAGACGGAACGAUGGCGAUGCAGAGAUGUCUUGA